AAACUCUUUCACCAUCUGUCUUUUAAUGUAACAGAAAUAUGUAGCGCUGCACGUUCUAAACAUAAUUCGUUGAUAUCAAUUACUAGAACCACGUAUUUUGUGGUUAAAUGUUGCUAAGCAACAUAAUGUAAAACAGAGAUAGCGGCAGACGUUUAAGCUCAGCGUAUUGGUUUCCGUUAUAAAUGUUUGCCAGGUAGCUGAGUGGCGGAUAUAUUGAAGUCGUGCGUUUCUUGUGUUUUUAAAACAAAGCUCCGUCUGGCUACUGUGCAUUACACGUGUGGUAUUUAGAACUACAGUUAUGUAUUUUAAAUACAAAAUGAUCUUGUACAUUGUAUAUUUAGUUUUACUCCCAACUGUUUUUUCACAAAUGUCAAGUGAAACAUCAACAUCUAGAAUUAGUAGAAGAUUGGAUAGAAUUGAAGAAAAUGAAGAAGACUUAAGAGCUGCAUUGCGUAAUUUACGAAAGGAUCUGAAAAAAGAAAUAGAUUUUAUAAUAGAGGACAUAUCUGCGCUUUCUAUCAGGCUUACGGGAUCUUCAGGACAGGUGGUAAGACAUGACGAAGAACAAGUUUCUAAAACACAACAGGCGUCGUGUGAUUGUGGAGAUAUUGUGAGUCAAUAUGAAAAUUUAAUGAUGGCAUUUAAGAGAGAAAAAUUCGAAAAUAUAUUGCUUCGAAAGGAAUUUCACGAAAUGAGAAAACAACAUGACUUUGAAAUCGGAAAUGUCAGCGAAAAGUUUAUUAACAUGGAUUCUAGAUUAAACAAUGCGGAAAAGACAUUACGUUCAGAAAUAAACACCAUUAAAUAUGAAACAAUUGCGGAAUUUCAAGAAAUGAUAAAACAACAGGAUUUUGAAAUUGGAAACGUCAGCGAAAAUUGUUAUAAAGUUGAAUCAAGAUUAUACAGUGCGGAAAAGACAUUACGUUCAGAUAUAGACACCAUUAACAAAACAUCAGAUACUGCCAAUCUUAAAACGUCGAAUGAAAUCUUGAAGAACAAAACUGAUAUGUUAUUUCGGCAUCUACGCCCCUUCCUUCCUCAAUCCUGUGACAGCGUAGUAAAGAGUGGCGAAUAUACAAUAUAUCCCGAGGCUUACAUAGACGGCAUGAACGUUUAUUGUUAUUUGGAAUCCACGAACAAAGGAUGGAUAGUUAUACAGAGGAGAAAUGACGGGUCUGUAGAUUUCAAUCGCACCUGGGCAGAUUACAAAGCUGGCUUCGGUGACAUAAGUGGUGAACUCUGGCUGGGUAAUGACCAUAUCUACCAGCUGACUAAGGACAACCCGAGACAGCUGAGGAUUGAUAUGGAGAUGUUCAAUGGAACACAGCGAUACGCGCUGUAUUCUGAGUUCAGUAUAUCAUCUGAGUCUGAGAAGUAUAAGCUCCAUCUGUCCGGAUACACUGGGAACGCAGGAGACUGUUUAUUAACGGGUUGUUUUGGUACUCAACUUCACAACGGUCGGUCUUUUUCAACUUUCGAUAGAGAUAAUGACCGAAACCACGGUGGUUGUUGUGCAUGCAAAUAUGGGGGAGGUUGGUGGUUUGAUGUCUGUUUCGGUGCACAUCUUAACGGUAAAUACUUCAAGGAAAAAGAUUCCGUGCCUACUUUUAAUGGAAUUCACUGGACCACGAUCACUGGGGCGAACACAUCUUUAAAAUUUGUGCAAAUGAGCAUGCGCUAAGAAUGCACAUUAAGACGUAGAUAUGACUUGAUAAAGUAUUUCCUUUGGAGCAAAGAAAAUGGCUGUCAUUCGUAUUGUUUCGACUGUUUUUAUGUUUUCUUGUACUUUAAAAUAUUGCAUGAUAUUAGUAAACACAUUUCAUGUAUAAAUGUCUUAGGAGUCACUUGUGUAAAACCCUGUAUCGCGUAUAUCGAUUGUGCUUUACAUUUGUAUUUCAAGUGAAAUUCAACUAUCAUGUAAAUUUGGUGCGCUACAUCUUCAAUUGAAGACUUUUCUAACGCAAUAAUCUUCAAACAAGUAUUUUUUUUAAACACAAAUGUCUCAAGUGUAAGUAAUGAUUUAGAUUUAAAAUUGUACAUGCUAUCAUUUUACACCAUUCUGUGGACGCUCACGAUAAAAUCAUUCUUGCCUGACAAUCUGACGCUUAAGCACGUGGGGUAGGUAUUGUUUCAUCUUGCUGCAGGUGGAAAUUGUGAAACGCGAUGUAAUGUAAAUUUUAUUUGGAUGUCAUCAUUUUAAGUGGGCUGUAACGCUAGGAAAACAUGAAAAUAAAUCAAAAACAAUAUUGUUCAAAUUAAUAUUUCUGGAACGCAACCGCACAGUUGGCAUUUUGCAGGCUACAUACCACACUUGUUAAAGCGUAUGAUCGUCGCGGAUGAAUGCUUUUAUCUUGAGCUUGCACAAAAUGUAGUCAAAUUAUCACAUAAACAAUACUGACUCAUAAGUGAGAUAGUCAGUUUUAUAAAUGUUGGUUUAGAAAAGUCUCCAAGUGAGCGGUGCGUCAGAAAAGUCUUCAAGUGUACAUCCCACUGUAGUAAGGUUUGGGUUGCUGUAUGCUUCUAUUUGUUUUCAUAUGCAGAAGACAUUUAAAGGGACUGUCCAAUGGAUUAUGGUCUGAACAAAAUAUAAAAUUAUUGUUUUAGAUAUUAAAAACGAUUAUCGCUUUUGAUUUAAGGAUAUAAAAACUCAAAGCAGACUAAAGGAAGUAUAACACAAACCAACACAUAAGCCCAAGCGGAUGGGAAUUCCAUAUUAUAUUUCAAUCAAAGCGCUGAAGGCACUGAAGAUGUUCGCUAUUGCAUAAUUUAACACGCAAUUCAUUUUUCAAAAUCAAUCGCAAGUUUGAAAUGAACACACGCCAUUCAACUUAAAAAAGUGUGUGUCAUAGCGCACGGGUCGAGUUUUGUGUGCACUUUUUAUCAUCCUUAUUAUUUCAUAGAAAUAACUAAGACAAAAAAAAAAACAGCAUGCUUUUUUGGAAGUUCUGAAAGCAAAGAAAGUAUGAUGAAAAUGGUAAUGAGAACUUAACUUUUGAUUUUUGACACCAUAUACAAAUUCAAAAUAUACAAUAAUCUUCGUAUCUUGUAUAUGGAGGAGUAAAAGUAUAUAAACAUUGCUGUUUAUGCUUUACUUGUUACCCGAGCAGUUCACACGGUGUCAACAACGCUAACAUAAACAUAGGUAUAGAGCACUAAUGCGCUUUUAGGCGAAGCUGUUUCAGUUUUCAUCUUAGUGACUUUAACAUAACGCCAACAGACACGCAUGAAGAUUUUCGAAUAUUUAAUAAGCUGAUUCGAGAUACAACCUCUGAAUUUUUGCUACAUCACUGCGUAUGUGCUCAAUUCAAAGGAUGUAGCACUGUUCAGUGUAAGAAAUUCCGGACUACUCUCUGUAUGCUCAAACGACACAAAUU